UUUAAAUCUGUGUUAAAAAUUGUUCCUAAAUAAAAUUCAAUAAUUGUCUAUAACCAAGAAAAAAAAAAUGGUUAAAAUAGCAUUGAAAAUCAAAGUAUUGCUGGAGAAUAUUGAAGAAUUGAAAUCAUCAGGGAAUAAUCACAAUUGGUAUUUCAAAUUUAAAUGUACCAAUUGCGGCGAAAUAACAAAGAAAUGGUGUUCUAUUUCUUUAGAUGAUACCAUCCCAAGUACUAAAGGGAACGCAGUUAAUCAUUUUUUAGCUAAAUGCAAGCUUUGUGGUCGUGAGAUAUCGAUGACUAUUUUAGAAGAUUCUAUUAAAUCAUUCACUGCUGAUGAUCAAGGAAGAUUUAAGGAUAUCGUUACAUUAGAUUGUAGAGGAUUAGAACCAUGUGAUUUUUCUGCACGAGAAGGAUGGAUUGCUAAAGCUAUCGACAAUGGUACUGAAUUUAGGGAUGUUGAUUUAUACGAAUACGAAUGGAUUGAAUAUUGUGAGAAAAUAAAGAAACCUGUUGGAAUAACUGAAAUUGAACACAAAUUUGAAAGAGUUAAAUAAAAAUAUCUAUUUAUAUAAAUGU